AUGGCUCCGUUUUCUCCUGUCAAGAGACCCAGACGCAACAGUCUGCCCAACAACUCACUUGCACAGACUUUGCUUGAUCAACACAACGACUUCGACAAAGAUGACUUUUGGGAAACAGCACGGCUGUUCACCGUUCUGGACGAGGAUGGUCACAUCUCCGGUUCCGCUCCGGCUACCACUUCCCAUAAGCGGAAGCGAGACGACAGCAGUCCUGACGAGGUACAAGCGUUUUCGGAUGGCAGUCACGGGUCAACCCCCCUCGAGGAGCUCUUUCCUGGGUCUUCUCCUUCAUUGCCAUCUCCAGAGGACAGAAUUGUCGAGUUGGCACUUGCAAAUCCCUUCAUUACGUACCAUUCCUUGAAAUUGUCAGAGCAUCCUCGUCUCACAUCGGUCUUUGACCCUGUCAAGAUCCCGACCCAGGUACGAGUCAAUGGUUUAGUCAAGUUUCAUCUUCAGUUCAGCGAUCCAAAUAUGCCUUCGAGUACCAAGGAGGUCCUGUCCAAGUACCGGCAGGAGUACAACGACCAGAUGAAGUCCAAGGUCGGAGACCUUCCACUCCUUCCAGCUGACUUCGGCCGAGGUUUGCGCCUCAAUCCGAUGGAUUUGAGGCUAUUCAAGUUUUACGUCGUUGCAUAUUGUGCUGGACGGACACUCUUGCCUGCCUCCAACGUUUGGCUGACAGGGGUACCAGCCAUUGCCGAGAAGUCUGCCUGUGUCAGGCACGCCAUGCUUUCAUGCGCCGCGGGCUACGUCCUUGAUUAUGCUCCUUCAGAAAAGCUCAAACAGCGAGCCAGCUUUCAUCACAAGCGCGCCAUCACGUUGCUGAGCAAAGAGCUCAACAAGAAAGAAAACUAUGAGCCAGGCAAGGAGGAACCCCUUUUGAUGGCACUGUCGCUUCUAAACCACGAGGACAUCGUCAACUGGGAGACCAGAGAAUCUACCAAGAGAGUGCCAAAGUGGUAUCAAGGCGACCUGGCAGUCAAAUACCUUCUCGAUAAAUCAGACCCAGGUUAUCGAUACAACCAUCCUGUCAACGUGCAGAGCACCAACAAUCGCUACGUCAUGAGCCACUAUCAAAUGAAGAGUCUCAUCCUCAGCGACACUUGUGCACCUCUCAAGCCAGACACCGAAGACCAUGCCUACAGCUGGUUGCUGGAAGGCAAUGAAAAAGAGGUGAGACGGGUGACGGGACUGGCAGGCUGCUGCGCAAAGAUCUUGCAUAUCUUCACGCAGAUCACCCGUCUUUGCUGGCGACUACGGGAGAAUCCAGACUCCGUUCCCAUCCAGAAGGCGGGCGAAGUCAUCUUGCAGUCGUUGACCAAUUUUCAACAAUGGUCGAACAUUGUCACCCGUCCCUACGCAACUGCAGAGGAACUCGGUGAAGCCUGUGAUGCAGACAAGGACGAGCAUGGGAAGAUCUGUACGGACGCUCUGAGUGUCGCCCUGAACGCCGACUCGUACGUUCUUGCGGCUCAGAUCUACAUCCUGUGCCGGCUGUUUCGGAAACCCCGGCGGCACCCCGACGUCCAGAGCAGACUGCGCACCUUGAUCCGGUGGACGGACUAUCUUCCGCUAGACGGGCCACUCUACACUGCCCAGGACUCUUUGUACGGGCUUGCCAUAGCGGGCUUCAUCGCCAUUGAGCCGGAACACCGUGACGUUGUGGAAGGACAAUUCUGUCCUUUGCUCAUGGGACCACGAGGGAAUGACCCGCCGGUGUGGAGAGUGACGGAAGCGCUCUGGCGCUGGCUCGACGAGGCGGGAAUCGAAGAUGACCCAACCGAGACGGACAAUAUUACUCUGUCGCAGAGGAAGCCUUGGUGGGAGGACAUGGUGGCUUGGAUCAUGGACACGCAAGGAAGAUUGAGUCUUUCUUGA